CGCGGCUGGUGCUGCGCGGAGCCCGGCGCCGCUACCGCCCCGCGCCCCGGGAGGCCGCCGGGCUCGGCCCCGCGCACGCAGCGAGCGGGCAGGUGAGCUGCGCCCCGCGCCAUGGCAGCCUCAGGGCCGGUUGGAAGAUGUGACAUCCUCAUCGUCUACAGCCCGGAUGCCGAGGAGUGGUGCCAGUACCUCCAGGAACUCUUUCUGUCCAGUCGGCAGGUGCGGAGCCAGAAGACGCUGACUUACAGGCUGAGGCCUGAUGUCUCCUUCUCGGCCAAGGACCUGAACUUCUUCCUGAGCUCCCGCUGCGUUGUCGUGCUGCUGUCCGCCGAGCUGGUGCAGUGCUUCUGCCAGCCGGCCCUGCUGCCCCUGCUGCAGAGAGCCUUCCACCCUCCCCACCGUGUGGUGCGGUUGCUCUGCGGGGUGCAGGAUGGCCCGGAGUUCCUGGACUACUUUCCGGACUGGGCGCAUUGGCAGGAGCUCACCUGUGACGACGAGCCCGAGACCUACGUGGCAGCGGUGAAGAAGGCCAUUUCCGAAGAUUCUGGCUGUGACUCAGUCACUGACACCGAGACUGAGGACGAGAAGGUCCCUUCCUACUUGAAGCAGCAGAACCUGCCACUGCAGACUUCACCUGGGAACCUGAUGGUGGUGCAGCCGGACCGUAUUCGCUGUGGGGUGGAAACCACUGUCUACGUCAUUGUGAGAUGUAAGUUGGAUGAGAGGGUGACAACAGAAGCAGAAUUUUCCCCUGAGGAUUCUCCCUCAGUCAGGGUGGAAGCCAAGCUGGAGAAUGAAUACACCGUUUCCGUGAAAGCCCCCAGCCUCUCAUCUGGGAAUGUUUCCUUGAAGCUCUAUUCCGGGGAUUUAGUGGUGUGUGAAACUGUGAUCAGCUAUUAUACUGACAUGGAAGAAAUUGGGAAUUUAUUGUCCAAUGCUGCAAAUCCCGUGGAGUUCAUGUGUCAGGCCUUUAAAAUUGUGCCCUACAACACAGAGACCCUUGAUAAACUGCUCACUGAGUCCCUGAAGAAUAAUAUCCCUGCGAGUGGACUACACCUCUUUGGAAUUAACCAACUGGAAGAAGGAGAUAUGAUGACAAAUCAGAGGGAUGAAGAGUUGCCCACCCUGUUGCAUUUUGCUGCAAAGUACGGACUGAAGAACCUCACUGCCUUGUUGCUCACCUGCCCAGGAGCCCUACAGGCAUACAGUGUGGCCAACAAGCACGGCCACUAUCCCAACACCAUUGCUGAGAAACACGGCUUCAGGGACCUGCGGCAGUUCAUCGAUGAGUAUGUGGAAACUGUGGACAUGCUGAAGAGUCACAUCAAAGAGGAACUGAUGCAAGGGGAGGAGGCUGAUGCCGUGUAUGAGUCCAUGGCCCACCUCUCCACAGACCUGCUCAUGAAGUGUUCCCUCAACCCCGGCUGCGACGAGGAGCUCUAUGAGUCCAUGGCUGCCUUCGUGCCCACGGCCACCGAAGACCUCUAUGUCGAAAUGCUUCAGGCCAGUACAUCUAAUCCAAUCCCUGGAGAUGGUUUCUCUCGGGCCACUAAGGACUCUAUGAUCCGCAAGUUUUUAGAAGGUAACAGCAUGGGAAUGGCCAGUUUGGAGAGGGAGCUACACCAUGGUGGUCAGGAAGAAGAUGUGUAUCACACGGUGGAUGACGACGAGACCUUUAAUGUGGACCUGGCCAACAGACCCCCUGUCCCGGUGCCCAGGCCAGAGGCCAGUGCUCCUGGCACUCACCACCUGCCUGACAAUGAGCCAUACAUUUCUAAAGUUUUUGCAGAAAAAAGUCAGGAGCGGCCUGGGAAUUUUUACGUUUCCUCAGAGAGCAUCAGGAAAGAGCCUCCCGUCCGACCGUGGAGGGACAGGCCCCAGUCGAGUAUAUAUGACCCUUUUGCUGGGAUGAAAACGCCAGGCCAGCGGCAGCUGAUCACGCUCCAGGAGCAGGUGAAGCUGGGCAUCGUCAACGUUGAUGAGGCUGUGCUCCACUUCAAAGAGUGGCAGCUCAACCAGAAGAGGCGGUCGGAGUCCUUCCGCUUCCAGCAGGAAAAUCUUAAACGGCUAAGGGACAGCAUCACCCGAAGACAGAGGGAGAAGCAAAAAUCAGGAAAGCAAGCAGACUUGGAGAUCACGGUCCCGAUUCGGCACUCACAGCACCUGCCUGGGAAAGUGGAGUUUGGAGUCUAUGAGAGCGGCCCCAGGAAAAGCAUCUUCCCCCCAAGGAUGGAGCUAAGGCGAGGAGACUGGAAAACAGAUAGUACUUCCAGCACAGCAAGCAGUACGAGUAACCGAUCCAGCACCCGGAGCCUCCUCAGUGUGAGCAGCGGGAUGGAGGGGGACAAUGAGGAUAAUGAAGUCCCUGAGGUUACCAGAAGUCGUAGCCCAGGCCCCCCACAAGUGGAAGGAACACCCACUGUGCCCCUUGAGAGGCCCCCCAGGGUACCUCCCAGAGCUGCCUCACAGAGGCCUCCUCCCAGGGAGACCUUCCACCCCCCUCCGCCUGUUCCACCCAGAGGGCGCUGACUCCACCUCCUAAAACCUGCCUACGUCCGGACUUGGAGACUUGCAAUUUCAGCCUGUUAAUGAUGUCUUCGUGUUGAGUUCUAUGGCAGGACUACUGACUUAAGACCUCCUCUCAUGGCUGAUGUCAUUGUGGCCCUGCUGGUUUGGGCUUUCCUUGAAGAAGAUAUUAUUAAGGCAUGAAGAAGUGAAAAACUGAGGACUUUAUUCACCAUCACCAAGUAUAUUGAUCCAUAGCCUUGUUUGCCAGAAGGAUAAAGACUUAAUUGGAAUACUUACCUCAAAUUUGGCAUGUCAGAAGCCUGAGAAGAUUGAUUAUAAAUGUACUUUUACAAGUGAUUUUACUGAAAUGCACUUAUAUUAGGCCUUACUUAUUUGCUAGUCCAGACUAACUUCUAGAAGUGGUUAUGAUUUAAGACUUACAAUAUCCGGGUAAGGAGAUAUGUUCUGAUUUUUAAAUGGUUCUUCAACUUUCCUGUAGAUUCUGGAGGGUGUCUAAAUGCCAGGCCUGGUCACAACAGAACAAACUGAAAAAGAUUUUAGAGAUGGAUUAGUCCUAACUCCUUUUAUAUGGAAGGCAAAUCUGAGGUUCCACAGAAACUAAGAGUACACAAUUGGUUAGAAGAAGAGAUGUGUUUAGAGGCUGGGUCUCUUAAUUUCAGGUCACCACACUUUCAAUCUCUAGAUAGCCAAUCGCUCUCCCUCAAGAAAUGCCCACAUGUAGAAAUUUGGUCACUAACUGACUAUUGACCUUCCAGAAAUGUCCUUCCAUAUCUCCCAGGCAUGGGACUAUCAAGUAUUUUUUUCAAUUUGGGCAUUUAUAAUUCAGUAUGCUUUCCAAAACAGUAUUGUUGCCAAGGAAUAUCUGCAAAUGGUUGGGAACCAGAAGCUUGGGAUGCCAAUGACCACAUUUAUUGUUCUGUAGUCUUUAUAGGUCUUACUAGUUCUGGCCAUAAGGAGAGAGAAGGAUCCUUGACUCUUUCUCUGCCAAGAGGUCAGAAGAGAAAGGAAGAAUGUAAAAUAGAAACAUUUAUCUAUUUCCUUAUUAUUACCACUAGACUUGGGAUAUCUGUACAAAGAAUAGAGAGCCAUUAAUAUGUCAUAAUUGUCAUAUGCCACUAAUAUGUCAUUAAUUUUGAGUCACUGGCACAGAAAUCUACCUUUAGAGCACAGAUCCUUAAUUUGAUACUUAAACAUACAGUAAAGUUAGUAUCAGACAUACUUCUUUAAAAAAUAUCAGAAAUCUGGUGAUUUUUCAGGAAAUGUAUUCUCUAUCCCACACAGAUAUAAGCCACAGUAUUAAUGAUCUAUUUAAGUACAGUUUUAUUGUGUCCUUUUCUAAUGAUUCAGGGUUGUUGUUGUUUUCCAAUUUCAUUCAUCGGUCCAGCAAACAAGGGCUCAUAUUGAAAUUAAUAGCUUAUGGGUUGUGGGUCAUUUUUCUGACAUAAAAUACACUAUUGGCUGUGGCCAUUAAGAGAGUGUUUGUGCAAAUCACCUACCACAAUGCCUGGCACAUGGUAGCCAUUCUGCAUGGUUCCUUUACUCUCUUUGUCACUUCUUUGGGAGAAAGAGGGUAAUGUGGGAUAGAGGGAGAGCAAGAAAUUAUAAUGUUGGUGUGGAUGUCCUUCCUCUUAUUUAUAGAUGAUCUCUUAAGCACAUUUGAUUUUGAUAAAGCUACACUUUUUUUUUUAAUAUUCAGUGUCUCUGGGCCCCUUCUUAGAGGCCAAAUUUAGAUUUUUGUGCAUUCUCUGAUUAAUAAGCAUUUAGAUCAAUAACAUGGCAAAACUUACUGCCAGCUAUUGGUGUUA